AGUUGCAGUCACACUGGCAAACAGAUGUUACUCUCAGUGGAUUUUUCGUCGUGUUCGCUUCGUUACGGAUAUUGGAAUCUUACUUCUCAAGCCAACAAAUACCAUUGCAAUUUCAAAAUUUGCUCCAACUUAAACAAAAGCUAAAAUACAAUAAAUAAAGACACAUACAAAACAUUGAAUUGCCAAAAGUUCGAAUUGGAAGUGGAGCUGCAGCGCGCAAAUCCAGCCUUUCACACAUACCUAUCCUAUUAUCGUAUGUGUGUGUGUGCAUAAGUGCAUUGCAGGUUCCAAUUUCUUGAUUCGUCGUGGGUGUUUUUAUAUGCAUUUCAUUUUUUUUGUUGUUGUUUUGCUGCAAUAAUCAAUCACAUCAUUUUUUGAAAGUUACUACAAAGUGUGAAUGUUCGAAAUAUACAAAUAAAUACUCGAUAACCGCUUGAGCGAUAUUUUUCAAUUGCAUUUUGGGUGCAUUUGCAUUAUCCCCGCGCAGCAGAAGAGAACGAACACUCUACAAACACACGCUCAACCAAACCAACCAACUUACUUAUAUACCUACGAAUUUCAACGCCAAAAGCAAGUUGCCAAACAUAAAAAAGAAGAAAAAAAAUUAAAACAGGCUCCAGCAAUUUUCAGCGUGCCAACAUUGCUGCAUAUUGGUCUGGUUGUUGUUGUCGCCGCCAGUGUAGGCCGCCGACGGACAAGAGCACAAAAGGCAAUCGAAAAGUACACACGCUGUGAACUGACCUGACGGCCGAUCAGAGACUCAAAACAACAACAAGGAACACUCAAUCAAUCAAUCAACCAAAUCUCAAAAACACAGCGAAAAGAACUCCCAAGCACGGCUCCAGAAAAUUUAAAAAAAUAGAUUACAAAUAAGGUAGAGAGAUAGAUCGAGAUCGAGAGAGAGAGAGAGAGAGAGGGGAUAUUGAGAGAAGAGAAACUUAAUUAUGGAGCUGGAGUCGAACAUUAAGAAACAUGCCAAUGGCGUCGUCUGCAACGGCACCGAUUCCAAGGAGAGUUCCGUGGAACGUGAGCUAAAUGAUGAAAUUGAGGCUGUCGAACUCAAUGGUGGCGCAUCCAAUGGCCAUCAUCUUCAUGGCGGGAACAUGAAGAAACCGCUGCCCGUCGGAGAUGGUGGUGCUCACGAUGGUCGCAUCAAACGCAAGGCAAAGCGCCUCAUCCAAAGACAAAAUAGCGGCAGCGGCACAGGCGGCAGUGCCAGUGGUGGCAGUGGCAUCUCAACAACAUCGCUGCUGACCAAUGGAGGCAUCGCUACUGCUGUUGGCGGUGGCUCACCAAAUUCCGGUGGCAAUAAUGCGGCGACGGUAUCCAUUCUGGCCAAUGGUGUACUGCCCGCCGCAACUGGUUAUGUGGUGCCGCAUCGUCGCUGGAAGAAUAGCCGAAGAUCACGCAAUUUGACUCGGGGUCGGGGCUUGCCCAAAAAAGGCGGCGCCGGUGGCAAGGGGGUUUGGGGACUGCCCGGCUCGGAGGCGCUCGCCGAGGUGUAUGAGGAUGAGAAUGAUCCCAAUUAUGAUAGCGAGUGUAACGAUCGCAAUGUGGAGCUGCGCGAAGUGAUUACCGAACUGACGCCCGAGGAGUUCUUCAAGCUCGCCGAGCCCAUUGUUCUCGAAUACUAUGAGCAUGGGGAUACCCAUGAGGUGGCCGUCAGUUUCGAUGAGAUACUGCAGAGUCCGUUGCGGGAGCAUAUCACCAGCAUUCUCGUCGAGAUUGCCAUGGACCACAAGGAUUCGCAGCGCGAGAUGACAUCCGUGUUGAUAUCCGAUUUAUAUGGUCGCGUCAUCACCGGCAAGGACAUCGAGAAGGGCUUCAAUAUGCUGCUUGACAAUCUGCCCGAUCUCAUACUGGACACGCCCGAGGCACCCGUCAUGCUCGCCAAUUUUAUGGCCCGGGCCAUCGCCGAUGAUUGUAUGCCGCCCAAGUUUGUCAGCCGACCGGAGGAGCAUCAGCAUCUGAGCGUGUAUUCCGAGCAGGCAUUGCGACGUGCCGACGCCCUGAUCCACAAGCAGGUGUGGGCCCAUCUCGACAAUGUGUGGGGCAUGGGCGGACCACUGCGACCGGUGAAGACCAUCACAAAGCAGAUGACGCUCCUCCUUAAGGAGUAUCUAUCGUCGCGUGACGUUGCCGAGGCGCAACGCUGUCUGCGCGCCCUCGAGGUGCCCCAUUAUCAUCACGAGCUCGUUUAUGAGGCCAUUGUCAUGACCCUCGAAUCCCUCAGCCAGACCACCGAGGAGGCCAUGUGUGAGCUGCUCAAAUCGCUGGAUCUAACAUGUCUCGUUCUACCGGCUGGCAUGGAGCAGGGCUUCAUGCGCGUCUACGACGAUAUGGCGGACAUUGUGCUCGACGUGCCAUUGGCGUAUAUAAUACUCGAUAGAUUUGUGGAGCGCUGUAAUCGUGCCGGCUUCCUAACUGACAAGAUAAUCAACAAUGUGCCAUCCCGUGGACGCAAGCGCUUUGUAUCUGAGGGCGAUGGGGGUCACAUUAAGCCGGCCUCCUUGCCGAUGCGCGACUAAAAAGGAGCGUGGAUUGAUUGAAUUCUCUCCGCUUCAAUUGAAACAGAAACACAAACAUCAUCAACAACAACAACAUCGACAUUAAACAAUAUCACAAAAUCAGCGACGCAAGCAAUCACAGCAGCAGCAGCAACUACAGCAAAACAUCAGAUAAGAUACGAAAAAGAGAGAAACGAGAGAAGAACAACUAAAAGUAAAGUGCGAAAAUUGUGUAUUUAGUGUUGUUUUUGUUGUUGGACCAUCUAUACAAGAAAAAGUGGACAUCCAUCCUCAAAGAAAGCAUGAAUAUGAAGAUGAAGAUAAACGAGAAGGGUAGGGAAGAAAAGAAAAGAACCGCAAGCACAUAACAAACAACCAACCAUCAAUCGGAAAUUGAUCUCCGUUUAAACUAUAUGAAUAAUAUAUACAUACAUACAUUUAUCUACAUACAUACAUAUAAAAUUUAUUUUAAAAUAUUUGUAAAAAUAAACAGCAAGACCAGCGGCAAUUGCAACAAAAGAUAAAAACAUCGGCAAAAGCCGAAUGAAUAAAUAAAAUCAGCAGUAAACACAGACACACACACACAAGCACACAUCUAUAGGCAGACAGACAGAAACAGCUUACAUACAUAAGCAGCAGAACAGAGAGGAAAAGAGCAGGGAUCCCGAGCGAAACACACGAAACGUGCUGAGAGUAAAUUUCGUCGGAGCUGCAGCCGAAACUGCAAAUGCAUGCAUAUUUACUUAUACGGAACUGUUAUACACCCACACACAGUUACACUCACAUACACACACCUACACAUGAACACACAGACACCGUUAUUAUUACUAGGCGUAACACACAACUACAAUUUAAUAUGAUAUACAACAACUACGUUUAAGAAGAAUCAUGAAACAUUAAACAAAAAAUGGUAGUUUCA